ACCCUCUCACCGGAAAAAACUCCCAACGCCUGGUUUCUCUCUCUCUCUCUCUCUCUGUCUAUCUAUCGCUCUCUCUUUCCUUCUUCGAAGACCGUUGGAGAACAGACGGGCAAUCUUCAAUGGCACCGAAUUCCGGGCACCGGAUUUUCGCGUUCCAAGGGGCACCGCCCUGCCACGACGCCGACCCGGCGGCGCUUCUCGCCGUGCUGAUUGAGAUAGCCGGACGGGCUUCCAGGCGGCACGUGCGGGACGUCAACGCUCGGGAGCUCGCCCGCCAGGCCGGCGUCCUCCUGGCUCUCUUUGAGGAUAUUCGAGACCGGUACCCGCAGAAGCGGCCGCCUCCGGCUUGCGCGCUCUCGCUCUCCGAGCUCUACCUGGUGCUCAGGAAGUUGGAUUGGUUUCUUGAAGAGUAUGCCACCGCGGCCGGCAGCGGCGGCCGCCUCUGGCUCCUGAUGAACGCCGAGCGCGUCGCCACCGAGCUCCGGAUCCUCGCGCGGGACGUCGCUACUGCGCUCGACGUCCUUCCGAUGCGUCGGCUGGAUAUCGAGGCCGAAGUGAAGGAGCUCGUCUGGUUGGUGAAGAAGCAGGCGAGGCAAGCGGCGAUGACGGUCGAUCCUGCCGACAGUUGGGCCGCGAGAGAAGUCGCUGCGGUGUUCAGGGGGUUCGAGCGAAAGAUAGCGCCGGAUUCCGGCUGCCUGCGACGGAUCCUCGAUUACCUGGAGAUAACGAGCUGGGACCGGUGCAAUGAAGGGAUUCGGUUCCUUGAAGAGGAGCUCGAAUUGUUGAAAGCCUCCGGCAAGGAGCGGGAGAAGGAACUUACCGAGGCUUUGAUCGGACUCUUGCUGUACUGCCGGUGCGUGCUCUUCGACUCGACGAAGCGAUCGCGGGAGGGCCACGUAGCCGAACGCAGGGACGACAGCAAGGAAGCUGUUGCGCUCAUGAACAUUGAAGAUUUCCGGUGUCCGAUCUCUCUGGAGCUUAUGACGGACCCCGUGACUCUGGAGACGGGACAGACUUACGAUCGGGCUUCGAUCCUCGAAUGGUUCAAGGCCGGAAACUUCACCUGCCCGAAGACGGGGAAGAAGAUCGGGACAUCAAAUUUGAUCCCUAACAUUGUUCUGCGCAGCCUAAUAGAGCAAUUCUGUCGCUUAAAGGGCAUUCCGUUUAACGGAGGGGACGGCCACCGCCGGAGUCCGGGAGCGGCGCCUCUCGAAAGCAGCAUUACAGCCAUGGAAGCGAGACGGAUGAUAUUCGAAGUGCUCGUUGACAGAUUGACAACGGGAACUCCCGCAGAAAAGGGGAAUUCGGCGUUCGAGAUCCGAUUGCUCACAAAAUUCAGCGUCGUCGAUCGAGCACGAUUGGCGGAGGGCGACGCGAUUCCCGCCUUAAUCGAUCUGCUCUACUCGACGAGUCCAAUCACUCAAGAGAACGCCGCGGCCGCACUUCUGAAUCUCUCGAAGCACGCUACCUGCAGGAGCAGAAUAGUGGAGGAAGGCGGCCUGAGACCGAUCCUCCGCGUUGUCAGGUCGGGCUACAGGAUGGAAGCUCGGCAGACGGCUGCCGCGGCCGUCUUCUACCUCUCGUCAAUCGACGAGUACCGGAGAAUAAUCGGAGAAAUGCCCGGCGCGAUUCCGGCCCUCGUCGACCUGCUCAAAUGCGGCAACUCCCGGGGGAAGAAGAACGCCGCGGUGGCGAUCUUCGCGCUGCUGCUGCUUCCCGAAAACUACCAGCAGGUGCUGGACGCUGGAGCCGUCCCCUGUCUCGUCGACCUCCUGUCCAGCGAGAGAAACGAUCUCGUGAACGACUCCCUGGCGGUGAUCGCGCGGCUCGCGGAGCAACCGGAGGGAACUGAAGCCAUCCUGGAAGCGUCCAUCGUACCAAUGCUAGCGAGCUUCCUCCACUCUUACGCCUCCCCUGCAGCGAAGGAGUUCUGCGUCUCCACUCUGCUGUCCCUCUGCAUCAACGGAGGCGACCACGUCGUGUCCGCUCUGAGCAAGACGCCGUCUCUCAUGGCCUCCCUCUACACUCUCCUCAGCAGCGGCACUUCUCGCGCUAGCAAGAAGGCAAGCUCGCUGCUCAAGAUCCUCCACAAUUACUACUGCCUGCAUUCGGGUGACCAGAACGGUCCCGUUCACGGGGAAUACAUUGUUCGUGUACAGUAAGGAAACUCAGCCUCCUCCGUCUCCCAUGCAUCCAUACGAGUACUUUUACAGAAACAUGGAUGCGCCAUUUUUUUUCUUCUAGCUCGAAUUUUUUAGAGCUAGAGGAAAACUUCGAGGUGUAUAUAUACAUAUACUUGUGAACUUGUUCUCAAGAUUCAAUAUUCUUUCAAAGUUUUUUAAUAAAGGGUAUCGAUUUGAUGCACAAA